AUGUCAAAUCUCGAACCCAACGAUCUAGGCACAAGACCCACGCGCCCUUCAGCGCAGCCGGCAUCGUUACCAAGAGCACUCGUCGUAGACUCGUCGACACCACCACCACCACCGCCGCCGCCAGCGGUCCCAUCAGCCAUGAAACAAGAAACACCGUCUGCACACUCAAUAGCACGAGGAGGACCAGGAAUGACUCUCGGGACAAAGAUUGGCCUUGGAAUGAUACCCGUCAUGAUCGUCUUCUGUGCGAUAUGUAUCUUCACUGGAUUCUGGUGGCGCAGACGAAAAGCGCGGAAAGCUAAGCAAGCUCUCGCAACACCCCCUCCAGUCCCAGAAAAAGACUACAUGAUACGUUUGCCGUCAUUAGACAGCACCCGGAGAGGAAGCAAGAUUUUCAACAUGUCCGCAUUCACCACUCAUGUGUCUGACGGUCGGCAUAGAGAAGCCCAGGUUCUCGGUCAAAGCAGAGAGUACAUUCGAAUGGUGAAUCAAGACCAAGAGGAUGAUGGUGCGACACCGAAGACACCCUCACGCAGCAUAUCGGAGAAGGGUCGCUCCGGUCGAGAUUCGCCAAUUGAUGGGGCUAGCCCAUUCCGACUAACACACAGCGAAUUGGCCAGGAGGAGUUUGGGAUCUGAAAUAUCAGAACUAUGGCCCUCUCCACCACCGACAGCUUGGGUUCGGCGACAGGGCAUUCUGGAUUCUCUGCCGGAAUCUCGAUUUGGUCGGGAUAUGAGCCGAAGAUCGUCACAACGUAGUACCAAUUCCAAUUACAAGCGGAUGAGCAACGCAAGCUCGGUACUCUGA